AUGGGGGUUCAAAACGCUGCUGCUGAAUAUCAAUCUGAGAAUGAUCGUUUAUCGGAACCUGUGAAAAACAUUGAAGAUAAAUGGAAGCUUGUUCCAGCCUUUUUACAAAUCAAAGGUCUUGUCAAACAACAUCUAGAUUCAUUUGAUUAUUUUGUUAACACUGAGAUUAAGAAAAUUAUGAAAGCAAAUCAAGAAAUUUUAAUCGAAUCAGAUCCAACGUUUUAUAUGAGAUAUCUUAAUAUUGAAGUUUUAUCACCCUGCGUGGAAGAAGGCUUUAAUGUUGUUCGUCCAAUUACACCACAUGAAUGUCGACUAAGAGAUAUGAGCUAUAGUGCUCCAAUUGUCGUCGAUGUUGAAUAUACGCGAGGCAGUGAACGCAUCAUUAGAAAAGGUCUUCAAAUAGGAAGACUGCCAAUUAUGUUGAGAAGUUGUAAAUGUGUUUUAUACAACAAAACUGAAGCUGAUAUGGCUAAAAUGCAAGAGUGUCCAUUAGAUCCAGGGGGUUAUUUUAUCACUCGUGGAACAGAACGUGUUAUUCUAAUUCAAGAACAAAUAUCAAAAAAUCGUAUGCUCAUUGAAAAAGAUUCAAAAGGUCGUUUCCAAUGUACAGUAACGAGCACGACACAAAUAACAAAAACAAAAACUGGCGUCUAUGAAAAUAAAGGACGUUACUUUUUAACCCACAAUAGUUUAACAGAUGAUAUACCCAUUGUUAUUAUGUUCAAAGCCUAUGGCAUACAAUCUGAUCAAGAAAUUGCCGAAUUAAUCGGCUAUGAAGAUGAAAUAUUAAAUUGUUUUUCGGCAUCAAUUGAGGAAUGUCACCGUGUACAAGUUUAUACACAAUUACAAGCAUUAAAAUAUAUUAGCAAUAAAAUGAAAGGUGCCAUAAAACAUUUUGUUGGUUCAUCGUUUUCUAUGGCCGCAACAGCAGUACAACAACAACCAAAACAAAAUCGUUUAGAUGAAGCCCGUGAAUUAUUAGCACAUAUUAUACUUGCACACGUCCCAGUAAACGAAUAUGACUUUAAGUUGAAAUCUGUCUAUACCGCAUUAAUGGUCCGACGUGUUAUUCAAGCUCAACUUGGGCAUUUACAAACAGAUGAUCGUGACUAUUACGGAAAUAAACGUUUAGAACUGGGUGGACAAUUGAUAGCCAUAUUAUUUGAAGAUUUAUUUAAACGAUUUAAUUCAGAAUUGCAAAAAAUCGCAAAUAAAACAAUACCUCGUCAACGUGCAACACAGUUUGACAUUAAAAAACAUAUACGUACUGACAUAAUAACAAAUGGGCUUAUCAUAGCAAUUUCGACGGGAAAUUGGACAAUAAAACGUUUCAAAAUGGAAAGACAUGGUGUUACACAUGUUUUAAGUCGUUUAUCGUAUGUAGCCGGUCUUGGAAUGAUGACAAUGAUUACAAGUCAGUUUGAAAAAACACGAAAAGUGUCUGGACCUCGUUCAUUGCAACCGUCACAAUGGGGAAUGUUAUGUCCUUCGGAUACGCCUGAAGGAGAAGGGUGUGGUUUAGUGAAAAAUUUAGCAUUAAUGACACAUAUAACAACCGAUAUUGAAGAAUUGCCGUUAAUUCGUUUAAUGAUGAAUCUCGGCAUUGAAGAUAUAACAAUGAUGAAUGGUGAAGAAAUCUAUGCAUCGGAUGUAUUUAUUGUAUUUUUAAAUGGUAAUAUUAUUGGUUUAACAAAUAAACCAAAAAAAUUAAUAGCGUCCAUACGUUAUUUAAGACGUAAAGGUUAUUUAAAUGAAUUUAUUAGUAUUUAUACAUUAAAUAAACAACGUGUUAUCCAUAUAUCAGCUGAUAGUGGAAGAUUAUGUCGGCCAUAUAUUAUCGUUGAAAAUGGUCAACCAAAAGUUACAACAAAACAUAUAGUUGAAUUAACACUUGGACAAAGAACAUUUAGCGAUUUUCUUAGAGAAGGACUCGUUGAAUAUCUUGAUGUUAAUGAAGAAGGCGAUUCAAAUAUUGCUCUAUAUGAGAAAGAUAUUAAUGGAAUCACGACCCAUUUAGAAGUUGAACCCUUUACCAUACUGGGAGUGUGUGCAGGAUUGAUUCCAUAUCCACAUCAUAAUCAAUCACCUCGUAAUACAUAUCAGUGUGCUAUGGGUAAACAGGCCAUGGGUGCGAUUGGUUAUAAUCAAUCCAAUCGUUGUGAUACGUUAUUAUAUCUACUCGUUCAUCCACAACGGCCACUUGUGAAAACAAGAACAAUUGAAUUAAUCAAUUUUGAAAAACUACCAGCAGGCCAAAAUGCGAUUGUAGCUGUUAUGUCGUACAGUGGCUACGAUAUUGAAGAUGCGUUAAUUUUGAAUAAAUCAUCACUUGAUCGGGGUUUUGGUCGUUGUAUUGUGUAUAAAAAACAAAUUGUUGCAUUGAAACGCUAUCCAAAUCAAACGUUUGAUAAAAUAAUGGGUCCAAAAUUAGAUGGUGAAACAAAGAAACCAAUUUGGAAACAUGAAGUUUUAGAUGUUGAUGGUAUCGCUGGUGUAGGAGAAAUUAUAGAGAAUAAGCAGGUACUAGUCAACAAAUAUUCACCAGCAUCGUCAACAAAUUCAGCUAGCGACAAUACAGGCAAUGCAACAACGACAAACGCCUUUGCAGAAUCAGAAUAUAAAGAAACGCCGCUUAAUUUUCGUAAUCCAGUGGGAGCAUGUAUCGAAAAAGUAAUGUUAACUAGGGAUCACGAAGAUUCGUUCAUAAUAAAAUUACUUACACGUCAAACGCGUCGACCAGAAAUUGGUGAUAAAUUUAGUAGUCGUCAUGGACAAAAAGGUGUAUGCGGUUUAAUCGUGAAUCAAGAAGAUAUGCCGUUCAAUGAUCAUAUAAUUAUGAAUCCUCAUGGUUAUCCAAGUCGAAUGACAGUUGGAAAAUUGAUUGAACUGUUAGGUGGAAAAGCGGGUGUAUUAGAAGGAAAAUUUCAUUAUGGAACAGCAUUUGGUGGUGAUAAAAUUGCUGACCUAUCGAGUGUAUUGAUUAAAAAUGGUUAUAAUUACUUAGGAAAAGACUAUGUAACAUCCGGUUUAACAGGAGAAGCAUUGCAGUCAUAUAUAUUUUUUGGGCCAAUAUUUUAUCAAAAACUGAAACAUAUGGUACAAGAUAAGAUGCAUGCACGUGCACGAGGACCUCGCUCAGUAUUGACACGGCAGCCAACAGAGGGUCGUUCACGUGAUGGAGGGCUACGUUUAGGAGAAAUGGAACGUGAUUGUUUAAUUGGCUAUGGUGCUAGUAUGCUAAUAUUAGAACGUUUAAUGAUAUCUAGUGAUCAAUUUCAAGUCGAUGUUUGUAAUCAAUGUGGUUUAUUUGGAUAUGCGGGAUGGUGCCAAUUUUGUAAAUCAUCGUCAGACGUUGCGUCGAUUAAAAUACCCUACGCAUCAAAGAUUCAAGUAACAUCCGAUGGUUUAUGCAUUCAACAGAAAAAUCGUCAACCGUUACAUAUUCCCUUAGAUUCCAUAAAACGCUAUGGUUUAGAUGGCAGUAUAUUUAUUUUAGAAUGUGGAAGACGUGCUCCAUUGGGUAGUGCACGUUAUGCAUUUCGAUGUAAAAAAGCAGAUUUAUUGGUUAACUGUUUAGAUCAAAAAAUUACCGUACUCUCAAGAAGUUUAAUUCGACAAUCAUCGUCGACACCGCCAUCAUUAUCAACUUCAACGUUGACUAGUGUUUCACGCCGUCCUAUAUCUCAUCAUCAUCGUCGUACACAAUCCGAUCAAACUCUUGCUCAACACCGUGUAUCUUGUGAAAGUCGUCAUAUUACACCACAAAUAUCAACAUCACUCUCAUCAUCAACUGCUUCAUUCAUAAAUCAUAUCCAUAAUUCUGAGCCGGAUUUAUCAAUAAAUUAUGUCGUCUACAAUCAUAACAAUGAUAAUGAUAAUAAUAAUAACAAUAAUAAUAAUAAUAAUAAUAAUAAUAAUAAUAAUAAAUCAUUUACCACAGACAAUGACAACAAAACUUUUAUUGUAAAAAUAAAAAAUGGCGAACAAAAUCAUUCAACCGAAAUACCGUCGUUGAAUUACGUAGAAGUAAAAGCUGAAUUGAACAAUACUCAUUUAUUGUCACCAACAGAAGAUGAUAAAUUAAAGAUAAACGAAGAUGAACAAAAGAAGACCAUAUCCGAUAACAAUAAUCAACAAUCAAUCAUUCAAUCACACACCGACUUGCAAGACUUACAAUCUGAUCAGAAAAAACCAAACAAUCAAAUUCCACAGCAGCCCAAAAAGAAAGCAAUGCUUUCCAUAUUUUCUAAUCAUAAACCACUCAAUGUCCCUCCAAAAACAUCGAAUAACAUCAUUUUAACACCAACACCUUCAGGGAUUUCCACAGUAUCACCAUCCAUAUCGUUAUCAACAACACCUUACGCUUAUAUUGAUCAUGAAAAAACGGUUACGUUGAAGAAAAUUACGGAAGAAAGAAUGCAAAGCAAACCGUUUCAUUUUCGUGUCGAAGUUUAA